AUGACGAGACCUGGCUCAAAUCCUACGAUCCUCAAGAUCCGCGACAGACUAGUAAAUGGUUACUCCCUGAACAAAAACCGUGAACCUAAAAUACUUAAGUCAGAAUUACGAAAGUGGAAAUGCAUGAUGAUGGUGGCAUUGUGGAAGAAGCAGGUGCUAACCUACGAGAUUUUAGCCGAUGGUGUUAUUGUAGAUCACGUCGCAUACCUUAACUUCCUAGAACGGAGUUUCUGCAAGAUAAAAGAUGGGAGGAACUUGACCACCCCUCAUAUAGCCCUGAUAUGUCACCGCCGGAUAUGGACGGAAUCCAGCGCAUUAAAGCCCCAAACAAGGGGAAGCAAUUCCAAACUCGAGAUGAGCUCAUUCGGGAUUAUGAUGCGACAAUAA